AUGGAAUCACAUCACAUAUACAAAUACAACAACUGACUCUUUUUUGUGGGGAAUAGCGUUUGCAGUCACCAAAAUAGCAAACGCUCCUCUAAACCAGAACAGAGGAAGGAACUACCUAGCUAGUUGCAAAACCAAGCACACACAAACAAACAAAUAAACACCAAUCCCACCCAGAAUCCACCCACCAAACCAAACACUCACUCACUCAUCAUUAUUAUCUUGUAUCUCUCUUCUUCUUCCUUCAACUCACAAAAAUGCUACCAACAACGGCUAUAUUUCUCACCUUCAUUGCAUCACUCACCACCACCUUCACCUUAACACAUGCAACACCACAAAACAACUCAACUCACUCUGAAAUCCAAGCUUUAAUAGCCUUCAAACUAAACCUUCUUGACCCACUUAACUCAUUAGCUUCUUGGGAUCCAUCAACACCUUCAGCACCAUGUGACUGGCAUGGCAUUCUCUGUUACAACAACAAUAACAGAGUCCACACAAUACGCUUACCUCGUCUUCAACUCACUGGUUCACUCACUUCAUCACUCUCUAAUCUCUCACAGCUUCGAAAACUAAGUCUUCAUUCCAACAACCUUAACUCUUCAAUACCUUCUUCACUUUCUCAUUGUCUCUUCCUCCGUGCUGUUUAUCUUCACAACAACUCUCUCUCCGGUAACCUUCCAUCUUCACUUCUUAACCUCACCAACCUUCAAAUUCUCAACCUUGCUCGUAAUUUUCUCUCUGGUACUAUCCCAAACCAUCUCUCUAACUCUCUACGGUUCCUUGAUUUGUCGUCUAACUCGUUCUCGGGCGACAUUCCGGGGAACUUUUCGUCGAAAUCUCAGCUUCAACUCAUCAAUCUCUCACAUAACAGUUUCACCGGAGGAAUACCGGUUAGUGUUGGAGCAUUACAGCAUUUGGAGUAUCUUUGGUUAGACAAUAAUCAUCUUCAUGGAACGUUACCUUCUGCUGUUGCUAACUGUUCCUCUAUGGUGCACCUUAGUGUAGAGGAUAAUUUCAUUGGUGGGUUGGUUCCUUCAACUGUAGGGACGAUGCCCAAGCUUCAAGUGUUGUCACUUUCAAUGAAUCAACUUUCUGGUUUUGUCCCCACUUCACUGUUUUGCAAUGAAGACAACAACAGCAAAAACAAUAACACCAAUCUUAGAAUUGUUCAACUUGGAUUUAAUAGAAUCACGGGUAUUUCAAAUCCACAAAAUGGAAAAUGUGUUAAUGAUUUUUUGGAGUUUUUAGACCUUAAAGAGAAUCACAUUAUUAACACUUUGUUUCCUUCUUGGUUGACCAAUGUGAAAUCUUUGAAGACUCUUGAUCUAUCUGGAAACUCAUUUUCAGGUUCUCUGCCUCAAGAAAUUGGAAAUCUUUUCUUGUUAGAAGAGUUAAGACUUUCUGAUAAUUUGUUAUCUGGUGUUGUUCCAAGUAGCAUUGUAAAAUGUAGGUUGUUGAAGGUUCUUGAUCUUCAAAGGAAUCGGUUUUCCGGUCUAAUUCCUUAUUUUCUUGGAGAGUUGACAAAUCUGAAGGAGUUAUCUCUUGGUGGUAACUUUUUUACCGGUUCAAUUCCAAAGAGUUAUGGAACUCUUCAUGAGUUAGAGAUUUUGGAUUUAAGCAACAACAAACUCAAUGGGAUUUUGCCAUUGGAGAUCAUGCAGUUAGGUAACAUGAGUGUUUUGAAUCUCAGCAACAAUAGAUUCUCCGGUCAAGUUUCGUCUCGAAUUGGAGACUUGAUGGCUUUGCAAGUUCUUAAUUUGAGUCAAUGUGGGUUUUCUGGUAGUGUUCCAGCUACAUUGGGGAAUUUGAUGAAACUGAGAGUGUUGGAUUUAAGUAAACAAAAUCUUUCAGGUGAGUUACCUGUUGAGGUUUUCGGAUUACCGAGUUUAGAAGUUGUGGCACUUGAUGGAAACCGUUUGAUUGGUCCUGUUCCUGAGGGUUUCAGCAGCAUUGUUAGUCUAAGGUAUCUUAAUCUUAGUUCUAAUGCUUUUGUUGGUAACAUUCCAACAACUUAUGGUUUUAUAAGUUCCUUAGUUGUUCUUUCUUUGUCUCACAAUUUCAUUUCUGGUUCAAUACCUAAUGAGAUUGGUGGUUGUUCUCAACUUGAAGUGCUGCAGCUUCAAUCAAAUCAUCUAGUAGGUAACAUUGUUCCAAGUGUUAUCUCUCAGCUUUCGCGAUUAAAAGAGCUUAAUUUGGGACAGAAUGGAUUCAAAGGUGAUAUCCCAGAUGAGAUAUCAAAGUGUUCAUCUUUGAAUUUACUUUAUUUGAAUGGUAAUCACUUAACUGGCCACAUACCACAAUCCUUGUCAAAACUAUCAAGUUUGAAAUGGUUGAAUCUCUCUUCAAAUCAAUUGACAGGGGAAAUUCCUGUUGACCUUUCGCACAUUUCGGGUUUGAAGUAUUUAAAUGUUUCCAACAACAAUCUAGAGGGCGAGAUUCCAGAAAUGUUGAGUUCUAAGUUCAAUGACCCUUCUGUGUAUGCAAUGAACAAGAGAUUAUGUGGGAAACCAUUGCAUAAAGAAUGCGGAAAAUCAAAAAGACGAAAGAGAAAAAGACUAAUCAUCAUCAUAGGUGUUGCAGCUGCAGGACUAUGUCUUUUAGCGUUGUGUUGCUGUGGCUAUGUUUACAGUCUCUUAAGGUGGCGAAGAAAGCUUCGAGAAGGAGUAACAGGCGAGAAGAAACGUAGUCCAACAAGUGCAGGCUCAAAUGGAGAAAGAAACAGCAGAGGAAGUGGUGACAAUGGGGGACCAAAGCUCAUAGUAUUCAACAACAAAAUCACCUAUGCAGAGACAUUAGAAGCAACAAGAAACUUCGAUGAAGAAAACGUUUUAAGCCGAGGAAAACAUGGACUUGUUUUCAAAGCCUCAUAUCAAGAUGGAAUGGUUCUAGCGAUUCGUAGACUUCCAAACGGAGCAACAUUAAUCGAUGAAACCACGUUCCGCAAAGAAGCAGAAUCAUUAGGUAAAGUUAAGCAUCGAAACUUAACCGUUUUACGUGGCUAUUAUCCAGGACCACCACCUGAUGUAAGACUAUUAGUCUAUGAUUACAUGCCAAAUGGAAAUUUAGGUACAUUGCUUCAAGAAGCUUCGCAACAAGAUGGUCAUGUUUUGAAUUGGCCAAUGCGUCAUUUAAUUGCAUUGGGUAUAGCUCGCGGGUUGGGCUAUUUACACUCGGUGGAAAUUGUUCAUGGCGAUGUUAAGCCUCAAAAUGUUCUUUUCGAUGCUGAUUUUGAAGCUCAUUUAUCUGAAUUCGGGUUGGACCGGUUAACAAUGGUUAAUGUCCCUGGCCCAAUAGAAUCCGCAGCGUCAUCGUCAUCAUUGACAACAGCGCCAGUUGGUUCGUUGGGUUAUGUGGCACCGGAAGCAGUUUUAACCGGACAAGUGACAAAGGAAGGAGAUAUAUAUAGUUUUGGCAUAGUUUUGUUGGAGAUAUUAACAGGAAGAAAAGCUGUGAUGUUUACACAAGAUGAAGAUAUAGUGAAGUGGGUGAAGAAACAGUUACAAAAAGGUUUGAUUUCAGAGUUGUUGGAACCUGGUUUGCUUGAGAUUGAUCAAGAAUCAUCAGAAUGGGAAGAGUUUUUGUUGGGUGUUAAAGUUGCACUUCUUUGCACAGCACAUGAUCCUCUUGAUAGACCUUCUAUUAACGAUAUUGUUUUCAUGCUUGAAGGUUGUCGUGUUGGACCUGAUAUUCCUUCUUCUGCUGAUCCAACCACACUACCUUCACCUGUUUCUUGAUUGUUCAUUUUUUUUAGGAUGAUAUUUAAAAUAUUUCAUCUCUUCAUGCAGAUUAUCUUUCACUUUUUAUUUUGUGUAAUGUAAUGAAAAUUUGUUGGUUGAUUAAUUUUUUUGUUUUUAAA